AUGAACAGGAAACCCCGGGAUUACGUUGCUAAUCCGGAAAUGAGAUUGAACGUCACCUCGAAUGGGGGGACGUCGGAUGAAAAGGCAAACCUGGCAACCCGGCCCCCGACAACCCUCUGCACCUUGAGCCGUGGCGGCGACGAGGCGCCUCCCCCCGUGUCACCGCUGACUCACUGCCGGGGACACCAUCCCGCAGAGCCGCGGAGAGGAACACAACUGAACGCUCGGCCCCAGUUUGACCCGCAAUGGCAGGCAGGUAGAGAGAAAGCAACUACUGCGGCCGCUGAAAUGAGCGACAGAGGCGAUGCGAGAGGGCCCGUCCCCCGCCGGAGGAGGACCACCAUCCCCGGCGGCGCCGGAGCGGUGACGGGGAAGCAAGCCAACGGCAGCAAGUUGCACGACGCCGGCGACAAACCUCCACCGUGUCCGGCCAGAGCCAAGACAGAAGACGCCAGAGACAGCGGGAGGAUGGGCGGCGAGAUGGGGGCGUCGGGGCAGCAGCAGCAGCAGCAGCAGCUCCGCAGCAGUCCGAGCAAACAGGGGCGAGCGGUGGAGGACAUCAACGAGAGACUCAGCUGUCACGUCCUCCAGGAGUCUCUCUUGAGCUCCGCCAGCGGCUACAGCAACUACAGAGGAAUCCUCAACUGGUGUGUCGUCAUGCUGGUGCUGAGUAAUGCACGUCUCUUCUUGGAGAACAUUAUAAAGUAUGGCAUCUUAGUAGACCCUAUCCAGGUGGUGUCUCUCUUCUUGAAGGACCCCUAUAGCUGGCCAGCAGCUUGCCUCAUCAUUGUGUCGAACGUUUUCAUCUUAGCAGCCUUGUACACAGAGAGACGUCUGGCUGUGGGCACCAUAUCAAAAACGACUGGCUUGAUCUUUCACGUUUUUAACCUGAUGUCCUUGUUGAUCUUCCCUUCAGUCACAGUACUCUCUGUGAACUCCAUGACCCCAGUGGGUGGUGUGCUCUCCCUAGGAGUCUACACAGUGCUGUUUCUCAAGCUGUACUCCUACCAAGAUACAAACAGGUGGUGUAGAGAAAUCAGGAAAGCCAAAGCCAAAAGACUGACACGGUCAUACUCGUGUCCAUCUGUGUCUCAGUCCAACGGUUCAGCAGUUCACAGUCAUGUUUCUUACCCAGGCAACCUCACCCACAGAGACAUGUACUACUUUGUCUUUGCCCCAACUCUCUGCUACCAGCUCAACUUCCCACGGUCACCUCGAAUACGUGUAAGGUUCCUGAUGAGACGACUGUUUGAAAUGCUUUUCUUCAUGCAGCUGCUGGUGGGAUUAAUACAGCAGUGGAUGGUUCCCACAAUACAGAACUCAAUGAAACCAUUCCAGGAAAUGGACUUUUCUAGGAUGGUGGAGCGUCUGCUGAAAUUAGCAGUCCCUAACCAUCUGAUCUGGUUAAUAUUCUUCUAUUGGUUUUUCCACUCCUCUAUGAACUUUGUGGCAGAGCUGCUGCAGUUUGGAGACAGAGAGUUCUACAGAGACUGGUGGAACUCUGAGACAGUCACCUACUUCUGGGCCAACUGGAAUAUCCCGGUACACAAGUGGUGUCUCAGACACUUCUAUAAACCAAUGAUGAGGAAGGGGGUCAACAAGUUUCUGGCCCAGACAGCAGUUUUUCUGGUGUCUGCCUUCUUCCACGAGUACCUGGUGAGCGUUCCUCUGAAGAUGUUCAGACUCUGGGCCUUUAUGGGAAUGAUGGCUCAGGUUCCUCUGGCCUGGUUCGUAGGUCGUUUCCUAAAUGGAAUCUAUGGAAACGCCGCCGUGUGGAUCUCACUCAUCAUUGGCCAGCCUGUCGCUGUGUUGAUGUAUGUCCAUGACUACUAUGUUAUUCAUUACGCAAGCAGCAAAUAGCACUGAAUGAGGGCACAUAGACACACACACACACACACACACACACACACACACACACACACACACACACACACACACACACACACACACACACACACACACACAGACACACACACACACACACACACACACACACACACACACACACACACACACACACACACACACACACACACACACACACAGCCUUCAGUGAGCAAAUAAAGAGAAAGUUGAGGCAACAAUAAUGCAAAGCCCUAUAAAUACACCUGUCAUGAAAUAACAUGAGAAGUGCUUGAUCCAAAGGAACAUUCCACUUUGGUAUAACACACACCUUUGUGGUCAGCCGCCAGUAUUUACAAACCUUGGGAGCCACCAUCAUGCAGGAUGUUUAAACUCUGAACCCUAAGUGAACAUUUUUAAUCUAUGUUAUUGCAAAUUGAUCCCACACGUAUUACAUUUAGUAUGAUUUCUAUCAAAAACAAAAGCAAAUGUAUGUUGCUAAGUUUCCCAAAGUGGCUGCUAUUGGGGCCCUGAAUAAACCUGUCCCGCAUUUAUUAUUAUUUACUCUCGAUUUUACAUGUAUUCUGAUACAAACACACACGUCCACAUAUGCAAUGCAGUUAUCAUGUUUUACAGACAUUUAUAUAAAAAAUAUUUAUAAGAAAAUUCUGAAGAAAGGACCCCUCCCUCCAAAAAAAGCAUACAAGGUUGUUUUUUACAACUGUGACGUUAGUGUAACAGUCCAUGCUACAGGUGUUUUAUUUACCUUGGCAUGAUUUUAAUUUUUUGGCAGAUGUUUUAUUUUAUACUUAGUAUAAUUUUAUUUGUUGGCUGUGACUGCAGUUAUCUUGUGCCAUCUUGAAUGUAUUAUUUAUGUUGGAUUUUAUUUUGUAAAAUGUAUGAUUUAAUGCAGUAGUUGAUUUGCUGAUCUGAACCAAUGAAUGUUAUUUGCACUUUAAAGAUGCAUGCUGUUAAAGCAAUAUAUUUCUAUGAAUGUAUUCUUUAAGUUGUUUGUGUGAGGAUAACAGAUUAUUUUAGAAUAAUCUCCAUGUUCUGUAAUUUACUGGUUGACAAUUUCAGUUUGUUUAAAAGUAAAAAAGCAAAUGCAGCAGUAAUGUUUGGAGUUUCAUGCCAGAAUCUCUGUCUUGACCUGAUCCUAAAGUUAUUUCAGGCGACACUUUUGCCAAUAUGGAUAUUGCCAUACAAAAGUUGAUUUUGGAUGAUAGAUAUGUAGAAUAUAGGAUGAUUUGUUAUUUUGCUUAACCUUUUAAUCUGCUUUCCAAAGACACAAUAAGAGCUGAGUGAAUCCGUUAAAAUCGGAGGCUUUAAUUUAUUUAUUUUUUACAUGUCACAAGUUCUUCCCUCAUUGAUCACAUUUCAGGGAAAACACUGUUGUUAAAUCAUGGCAUCAGAUAUCAAAAACACUGUGUGUUGACAUUCCUUGUUGAGAAUUAUAAGUGCCUGCUGCAUAACUAUGCUUAAACUCCAGAUGUAAAGAAAUACUAAUACUUCAUGAAGAAAUGACACAGAGGCCAAAUACUUACAAAGGAAAGCAAUUCACCGAAACCUUUUUCUCUGUAGCCAAUAGAUGUAUUUUUAGUCAUGGUGUGUGAAAUAUGUGGGAACCUACUGUAAAACUUACUGCCCUCACUUCAAAUUCUGGUACAACUGUAAUGUAGCCCUUGAGCAGAACGAACCUUUUUCAAAUGUGACAUUUUUUGUAUGUGAACAUGUUAUUCUGAUGGAAAGCUUUAUUUAAGAGUUGUGUAUAGUCUUAUCACAUUGUUGGUAUUUCAAUGCACAAAUGGCAGCUUUUAAUAUCUUUUAGUCUGACCCACUUUUAUCACCACAUGAUUCUGUGUACGGUCUGUGCAGCAGUGACUACAUGAGUUUUUAUUUUGUGAGAACUAUAUUGAUAACUCGAUGCCAAAAGAUGCUGUCUUGGGAACUUAUUUACAAAAUGCAUAGCUUAGUGCAUUCUUGUUAGUUGGGAGGAAAGAGCAAAAAACGAAACCGUAAAAACAAAUAUUGAAGUCAGUGUCAAAAAGAAAAUGCUGGCAAAUGACUCCAAAAUAGAACUUUACUUGAAAAUUAACCAACUUUUGAUAAGUUCAUGAUAAUUGGUAAAUAGAUUCAAAUAAACAGUAGAAAUAUAGAAUAAAUGAUUCAUUUUAUUUGCAUGACCCUCACAUGAAAAAUGCAUUUCCCAAGUUGCUCACUUUUAAUUCUGCUUUGCUUUUUGUUUGUCAUGAGAUUUCUUGAAAAUGGCAAUAUGAAAGUGAACAGAUGCCAUCCUGAGAAUUAAUAUAAGAUAGGUUUCAUCUCUUGUAAAAGAUUGUGUUAUUUAAUUUGGCUAAAGCCCACCCCUUCCUGUUUCUGAACAUAUUAUUAAUUUGUUCAUACUCUAAACUCUGUCAUCAGAUCAAGUGAAACAAAGAGUAUAUGUUUUCAGAAGGAAAAUAAUUUUCAUGUUUUUUUUUCUUUGAAACUGUUUGUGUUGUUGGAUAAAGAUUGUUUAUAUUUGAUGAAUA